AUGAGCAGACAGGCACCGACGGUGAGGUCCAUGCUGGGACGGCGAGGCUUCAGCUCAGCGUCGGAGAUCUGUGGUCGGAGCUAUGCUGCUGCAUGCCAGCCUGCCCGGUGCGCGGCCGGAGCCUACAGCAGCCGCAGCGUCUGCAACCUGGGUGGGAGCAGAAGAAUUUCCUAUGUGAAUGGGGUCUGUGGCAAUGGGUGUUUUGGAGAUUUCGGCUUCGGAGGGGUUGUUGGCUACGGUAACGCCGGAGGAAGGGUCGGCCUUUGCGGUCCCAGGGGAUUCAGCAUCGUGAGGGGUUACCCCGAUCGCAAGGGGGAAGGAAUCCAGGGCAUCUGCAUCGAUGAGAGGCUCCUGAAGCCCCUCUGUGUUGGGGUUGACCCUCUGGAACAUGAAAUACGCUGUCAGGAGAAGGAGCAGAUCAAGACACUCAACACACAGUUUGCCUGCUUCAUUGACAAGGUCCGGUUCCUGGAGCAGCAGAACAAGGUGCUGGAGACCAAGUGGGGCCUCCUGCAGCAGUAUGUCCUGCCAAAGAAAGGGAAGAACCUGGAGCUCUACUUUGAGAACUACAUCUGUGACCUGCGGAAGCGCCUGGACUGCUUGCUGUGCGAGAAGCAGAAGCUGGGCAAUGAGGAGUGUGCCACAAGCCAGCUGGUGGAGGAGUUCAAGUGCAAAUAUGAGGAGGAAAUCAACAGGCGUACGACUGUAGAGAAUGAGUUUGUGGCACUCAAAAAGGAUGCAGACUGCAUAUUUUUGAACAAGGAAGAGCUGGAGGUGAAGGUGGACCUGCUUAGAAGGCAGCUGGAGCUGCUCAAGUGUGUGUUCGAAGAGGAACGGGCUCAGGUUGAUCGCCAGCUGUGCGACACUUCGGUCAUCGUGAAAAUGGACAACAACCGGGACCUGGACAUGGAGAGCAUCAUUAAGAACGUUGAGUGCUGGUACCAAGAAAUUGCUCAGAAGAGCAAAGAAGAAGUGGAUGCCUUCUACCAAACCAGGUUUCAGGAGCUUCAGGAUAAAAGGGGCAAGUACUGCGAUGACCUGCAGAGCAACAAGUGUGAGAUUUCAGAGCUGACCCGGAUGAUACAGAAAUUGCAGUGUGAACUGGAGAAUGUGAAGAAGCAGGUCUCCUGCCUGCAAACCUCCAUCUGUGAUGUUGAGCAGCGCGGGGACUGUGCCCUGAAGGAUGCACGGGAGAAGCAUGUUGAGCUGCAGAAUGCCCUCCAGAAGGCCAAGGAUGAGCUGGCUUGCAUGCUGCGGGAUUACCAGGAGCUGCUGAACGUCAAGCUGGCCCUGGACAUUGAGAUUGCCACCUAUAAGACUUUGUUGGAGGGUGAAGAGAGCAGGAUAUGUGUGGGGAACCCGGUGAGCGUGUCGGUGGUCAGCAGUGGCUACAACCUCCCUGAUGACUGCGGGAUGUUGGCUGCCAACGCAGCAGCAUGUGGCUACGGCUCCUUGGGGAGACGGUCCGGACGUCACAGCUCCCAGAAUGGAGGAUUCAGCUCUCGCAGCGCCGGGAUCCACCCCAAGAGGGUCAUCAGCUCGGUGGCUAAGCCAUGUGUCCCAGAAGUGUUCUGCCAAGCUGGAGGAGUCAAUUGUAAAACCGGGGGGUUCAGCUCCCGUAGUGGAGGGUACCCAGCCCGCACUGUUAUCAGCACAGCCAGUGGGGGCUUGAAUGCUAGGAUGGGAGCUUGCCAACCUGGUGGUGUGGUCAGCUUUGGGAACCAAGGCUGUGUCAUCCGGCAGCUGGCGGGCCCGCCAGUGGUGGUAGCCAACAGCCCUGAGGUUGUGGCGUGCAACAACGGCGUGGUGGGGAAUUUUGGGGUGGUCAGAGACCCUUGUGUGGUCCCAUAG